AUGUCAACUCGAAGGUCCCCCGUUGGAGGCAAGGGUAGCAGCCCCUCUUCUUCCGAUCCUUCCCCCGUGAAGAAGAAUGGACAUCAUCAACUCAAGGGUUCCUCACCUUCACCGUCCCCAUCUCGAAAUGGCAUUGGCAAACCGAAGCGAUCCUUUUUGGAUACGGGUCGACUGUGUCUGUUACGGAAUCGAGGGAAACCUUGCUGGUAUGGGUUUAUGAUAUUGGGGACGUUAGUGGCUGGAUCAACCUUUGCCAUUGUGACCAAAAUGCACGAUCCCAUCGUGUUUUCCCUCGACAACACGCCACAACAACGGCUGAGAAUGACCUUUGACGAACCCCGUACGUAUCAAGCCAAACCACUCAUGAUUGGAUUUCUGCUGGUGAAUCCUACCCGCGAGAGUCUCGCCGCCAAUUACAAUAUCAAUCGACGACGAAGUUCUGCUCUGGCUAAAAUGAAGCAAAAUGAUAUUUCUCCUCCAAAGUUUGUCCCAGAACAAUUUCAAGUCGCGCGCAUCAAUCCGCGAGAUCAUGGAGUGGUCGAUAUAGUCUCUUCACCUUCGGAUCCACCUAAAGCAUCAUUGAAAAAGAAAUUUCGAAAACCCUCUUGGUCCUUUCAAAAUGUCCUUGUCCGGGAAUUGGGCAAUGGCGUGGAACAACAAAAGGACAUUGCCCACAAUUCCAAAGACUACAAUCGGUACAAACCUGAUGAUCCCGAGCAAGAUUGCGUCCCACAGUACGAUUGGCAAACGUUGUCAUUUCCCAAUUGCAAUUCACUCCACGAAAUUGAUGUUUUGACUCGCAUGAGAACCCUCAAUCCGGCAGAAGAACCUGAAUCAAUGCUCUUGGCACGCGGUGGAUAUCGCGAUGUCUGGUUUGUCGAAGACAACGAUUUGCCACCCGACAUAUUGGGAGAACCCAUUGCCAUGAAAACAUUGCUAUAUCAACAUCCCUGGUCGGAACGAAAUCAAGAUCGACAUCGACGAGAUGCACUUGCCACGGAACGAUUGACAGCAUCGCCGUAUGCGCUCAAUUUGUAUGGGUAUUGUGGCAAUACGGGGUUGUAUGAAUUUGCCGAAGGAGGAUCCUUGGAAGAUGCUGUGGAUAAUGAAAAGGAGUGGAAGAAAUGGACACCUGUCACCAAAAUGGUAUAUGCCUAUCAAGUGGCCAAUUCCAUUGCCGAUGUCCACAAUAUUGAUCGAGAGGGAUAUCCCAGCAUGUCGCACACCGAUAUCAGUAUGAGUCAGUUUGUGUCUACCGAUAAUGGCGAGACCUAUCAGAUCAAUGAUUUCAAUCGAGCACGAUUCUUGUACCGGACCAAUGACGAUCCCAAUGAGUUGUGUCCAUUUCAUGUCAGUAGCAACAAGGGCAAAUUCCGCAGUCCAGAAGAAUAUGCCUACGAACCUGAAACUGCUGCCAUUGACAAUUUCAGCAUGGGGAACAUCUUCUAUGUGAUUCUGACCGGGCAGUAUCCUUUUGAGGACAUGAAAAAGACGGAUGCACAAGAAGCUGUGAAAAGGGGCAAGAGACCGGAAAUUCCAGAAAAAUACCUGAAUAGUAAAGACCCUAUGGUCCAGGCACUGGUGACAGCUAUUCUCAAAUGCUGGGUCCAACAUCCCUCCAAUAGGGCCACCUCACGACAAAUUCAACAAUUACUGAAACCUUUGGCUGAAAAAGCAAUAAAGAAAAAGCAACAACAAAAGCAGAAAGAAGAAGGAAAUCAAGAACAGCAAGAAUCUGAUGAAGGCUCGGGGGAUGACGAGAAUCAAUAG